UGUGAGGAGGAAGAGCUUGGUGGGGGAGCAGGUCUUUCCUGGGCGCCUUGAGAGUCGAGUCUGGGCACAGAGGGGUACAGAAUGGCUGUUUUAUAACUGGGAUCCUCUGUGACGUAUUGCUGCUGGCUCCUUGGCACCUAUCUCUAUGGAACAGUAGGCAGAACGAGAUUGACGCUGACAAGACUUUUACAUCUUGGAAGGGGCUGUAAUCUACUGUAGUGAAGAACAGAGCCUCUCAAUCAGGCGGUGUGAAUACGAGACCGAGGGGAGUCCAAAAGAAAAGGAAGAGGAGGGGAAAAAAGUGUGUGUUGGGAGAAAGCAAGGAAAAGCAUUUUUGGUGGAUGGUAUGAAGCCAGCCAUGGAAACUGCAGCCGAGGAAAAUGCUGAACAAAGCCAAGAGAGAAAAGUGAACAGCAGAGCUGAAAUGGAAAUUGGCAGGUACCACUGGAUGUACCCAGGCUCAAAGAACCACCAGUACCGUCCCGUGCCAACCCUGGGGGACAGGGCUGGCCCCUUGAGCAGUCCAGGCUGCUUCGAAUGCUGCAUCAAGUGUCUGGGAGGAGUCCCCUAUGCCUCCCUGGUGGCCACCAUCUUGUGCUUCUCUGGAGUCGCCUUGUUCUGCGGCUGUGGGCAUGUGGCUCUUGCCGGCACCGUGGCAAUUCUCGAGCAACAUUUCUCCACCAACACCAGUGACCAUGCCCUGCUGAGUGAAGUGAUACAACUGAUGCAGUAUGUCAUCUAUGGGAUUGCAUCCUUUUUCUUCUUGUAUGGCAUUAUUCUCUUGGCAGAAGGUUUUUAUACCACAAGCGCAGUAAAAGAGCUGCAUGGUGAAUUUAAAACGACUGCUUGUGGCCGAUGCAUCAGUGGAAUGUUCGUUUUCCUCACCUAUGUGCUUGGAGUGGCCUGGCUGGGCGUGUUUGGUUUCUCAGCAGUGCCCGUGUUUAUGUUCUAUAACAUAUGGUCAACUUGCGAAGUCAUCAAGUCACCACAGACCAAUGGGACCACCGGUGUGGAGCAAAUCUGUGUGGAUGUUCGACAAUAUGGUAUCAUCCCUUGGAAUGCUUUCCCAGGAAAAAUAUGUGGCUCAGCUCUGGAGAACAUCUGUAACACAAAUGAGUUCUACAUGUCCUACCACCUGUUCAUUGUGGCCUGUGCUGGAGCUGGUGCCACCGUUAUUGCCCUGAUCCACUUCCUCAUGAUACUGUCUUCUAACUGGGCUUACUUAAAGGAUGCGAGCAAAAUGCAGGCUUACCAGGAUAUCAAAGCAAAGGAAGAACAGGAACUGCAAGAUAUCCAGUCUCGGUCAAAAGAACAGCUCAAUUCUUAUACAUAAAUGUUUGCCAGAGUAUUUCAGCCGACGAAUUCACAGCUCUGACAUAUCAUCAGACAGCUGCUCUGCAGUACAGAUGUGUAUCCCACCCAACUAACGUAGAUGUACCACCAUUUCCCUGUCUGUCUCAAGCUGCUGGGAUGUAUCUCUAGGAAAAAACUUUUCCAGUGGGUAAAUCUUUUUCUUUAGAACAAAUAUUGGAGGUUUCAUGUUAGCCAUUUUAAAAGGAAACACUUUGAAAAAAAAAAACGAUGGUUUUCAUCAUUUGGGGCAUGUGCACAUUUAUUGCUAGAGCAAUGCUACUGAGCUAGGCCAUGGGAAUACAUGAUACUUGAUAGGGACCUGUGACAUGCCAACAUUCAAGUAUGUGACAAUAAAUUUACAUAUGCCACCUGUCCUCAGAUAUGAUCUAUGUAAGAAAUAAAAUGAAAUUGAUGUGAGGUUCUAUUUCUGACAACUGACCUUGAUUAAACUUCGGCCCAACAGAGAAUGAGAUUCUUUCAACUUGUGUUUUUAUUUUCUAAUUUUUUAAGGUCCACUCUGAUUAAUUUCCUGGGCCGAAUUAGAAAUUUAGUUUUGUCAAUAUUGCUAAAACAAACUGCUAAACUUACUACUGAAAAAUCAGUUUUGUAAUAGAUUUCAUUUUAACAAAAUGACACCAUUUUCAUCACUCUUGUUGGGAAAAUGUCAGCUCUGCCUUAAUAAAUAUUUGCUUUAAAUUUCUAAGAAUUUAUAUUAUAGCCAGACACCCGCCCCCCCUGAAAACCUUCACAGAAUUUUGUUCCAUAUUUUUCUUAAGAAGUGUUACCUUAUUAAAAUGACCACCAAUUCUUAAACCAUUUUUAAGUGGUCUGGGUAUGAGUUUACAGUUUUCAUACCGACUAUCUAAAACUUAACUGCAGAUUGACCACAAACUUCUAACCUCCUACUUUUAUAGACUUGAAUACGUAAGUAACUUACAUUAGGGUUGGUAUUUAUUUCAUUGUUUUCUUAAUUUCCUGGAAUAAUAAUGUCUCAUGUUCAGCAAGAAAACUGCUUGAGUUUAAGCCAUUUGCAAAAGAAACUUGCCUUCUAAAUCAUUGUGUUCCAGAACAUUAAGUGACUGUAGGUACUGGGUAUUAGUGAUGGUAAACUUUGUGUUGUUUUCUGAAAUGAUCCAUAUAAUUGUGGGGGUGCAUCAGUGCUUUUCAAAAGGGGCUGCAUACUAUAGGGUUAACUAUGUAUAUUCAUGUUAAGAGUUAACUUGUGGUUUGGCUGUUUCCUGGAUUUUAAAACAUAUACACGUGCAGAAAUGUAUUCAAAUGAAAGGAAGCAUACCUUUAUCAAGAUGCUAUUAAAAUUGAACAUCAAGUUAAAUAUUUCAUUUGAAUUUUUUUUGGUUAAUGCCUAAAAUGCCUAUUUGGAUUAUUUUGAAUUGGAAGAAGCUCUCUUCUGUGUAGAACAGUUGUUCCAAGUAGCUUAGUGUUUUGUUUUCCUGUUGCAUGACAGACUUUAAUAUUUUUUCCAGCAGUGGAGGUGCUGUUGUAGUCCAGUGUUCUAGAAGAGGCAGUAUCUAAAAAGCCUAAUUUUACUUUUCUAAUUCUGGUAGCUAUUACCAAGAAUUUUCAAAAGUUUUGUUGAAGUAGUCUAAUAUUUUUUAUGUAAAGAGCAUUAAAUUUUGCUAUGUAUAAAUUUUUGUAACCUAACAGUGAAUCAAUAUUUUCUAUCAGUGCCAAGGGCUUCCUGUAGUUCUAUUCAAGUGUUACAAUAAAUAUUUGUAGAUAAUAGUCAA